AAAAAAUAACAUCACAUUUUUUGUCCCUACUAGACAAGAUAGCACAGACACGAACAUAAAACGUGCAAUGAUAAGUGAUGCGGACAAACAUACACUAGACGGACAUUUACGGUGUGAGUCUACUGCUGAACCAUGUUUGUCCUGGUGCUGGUGUCCCUGUUUGCAGGCGUAUGCUCCCUGCCAUUCCAAAAUGGCUCCGGCACACCCAACCACUUCCUGUCGACUGAAGACUUCCGCUACCUCAGCACUCUCCCCAAGGCCAAGGCCGGAGCUCGUCUGCCGGGCUUCAAGUACAUCUACCUCGAGGCCAACGGCCAACUCACGACAACUCUCAACACGGCGCAUGCGCAGUUGGAAAUCGCAGCCUCUCCCAGGUGUUCCCAGCACGCUCUAGACGUGGCCGCUGACGUCAUUCUCAAGAUGACGAAGUUCAUGCCGGCGAGUAUGUUCAACACAUUGACCCGAGGAACUGUUGGUAUCUUCACCGCGGCGGAAAAGCUGACCAUAUAUCCGGAGAUGGCGAAUCUGGCCAGCGGAACUUGUGGUUCCUCUUGUGAAGGAUCAUGUUCCAACACCUGCACUUUUGACGGCAGAAAAUAUGAAGACAUCGGCGGCCUGACCAACUCCAGGGCCGUGGUACUGGACGACAUCGUCGUCUGCUCCAACAACGACCCCUACCACCACACCGUCAACAUCCUGUCCCACGAAUUCGGCCACCUGGUCAACUUCUACGCCGCCACGGCCACCGUCAAACAGCAGAUCACCAACGCCUACAACGUUGCCAAGCAACGCCAGACGUGGGACCUGAAUUCCUACGCCAUGGCCAACUCCGCGGAGUACUUCGCCAUGGCGACGGCGGCGUUCUUCGGCGUGACCCACGAGGGGAUCGUCAACUCCGGGGGGAUGAACCUCUGCGGGGGCUACCUCUGCCCGACCCUGCAGCAGGCCAGGGACCAGAUGAAGUCACGUGACCCGGCGCUGUACGACAUCCUGGUGCACGUGUACAACAACAACAACCCCAACAUCAACGUGGGGUUGUCCAUCUGUCCGUCCGGCAACACGCUGGUUGGUUAGACCUUAUCCUACCCCCAACCUAACUUGAUAGUUUCAGUACAUUGUAUCAGCAAUGUUAUCGUGAUGUAAAAUUAAAUAUAGCCCCCCUUC